GCCAGGAGUGCUGCAUUGAGCCGUAGAAGAAGAAGAAGCAGAAGCCUUGUCGUUUCUGAUGCUCUGAAUUACAUUUCCAGGCGUUCCCUGAGAAGGAGAAGGAAGUAUGUCAGGUGCUGGGGGAGGAAAGCGUCCCCCUGGAGGGGACAGCCCCCCUGGCCCACCUGAGAAGAAGAGCAAGAAGGAGGAGAAGACCACCACCACACUGAUCGAACCAAUCCGAAUAGCCGGAGUCUCCUCAACGGAGGAAAUGGACAUGAAGGUACUCCAGUUCAAGAAUAAGAAGCUGUGUGAGCGCUUGGAGCAGAGACAGACAAUGGAGGAUGAAUUAAGAGAGAAAAUUGAAAAGCUGGAGAAACGACAAGCUACUGAUGACACCACCCUCCUAAUUGUCAAUCGCUAUUGGUCACAGCUUGAAGAGAGUAUUCAAAUUUUGCGCAAACGUAUUGAGCCAGAAACACCUCUACCAUCUGGUCCUGUCCCACCGACCGCCCUGCUGCCUGACACUACACCAAUGGAGGUAGAUGGUGUUGGUAUAGCUUCACCAACGACAGCUGUGCUUCCUCCUCCCCUGCCUGAUAGCCAGGGUGACAUUACGCAGACUGAGCAAAAGCAACAUCUCGAGGAACAUCAGGGGGAGCAGCAGCCCCCUCCUCCAGCUGGAUCUGAGGACUUACUGACACCAGCAGAACCACCACCAGAUUCAAAAACAGAUGCACCCCCACCUCUUCCUCCCCUUAGUGAAAAUGCUAAGGGUUUCUUGGCUGCGCUGGAGCAGAGCAGUGAAGAAGAACUGUCCUUGCACCUUGCGGACCGCAUGCAGUUUAGCAAAGAAGCUGUUGCCCACUUGGUCUGCGUCUUUGACAGGCUGCACAGUUGCAUCGACAGUAUGUGCAAAAUGGUCCAGGCUGCAGCGUCUAAAGACGAUAACCAGUCGGACAUCAGUCUGAACCACACACUUCUGGAGGAGAACGAGCAACUGCGAGACCUCUCUACCCUCUUGCAGGGCCGUCACCAUAAGAUGUCCCUAGAGUACAAUGAGUUGGUGGACAAGGUGACCAGUUCAGAGACUAAAGUGUCUGAAAUGGAGACAACGGUAGAGGACCUUCAGUGGGACAUUGAGAAACUCCGCAACAGGGAACAGAAGCUCAACAAACACCUCGCAGAAGCAAUGGAGCAGCUAAAAUCUGGAUACAGCAGCACUGGCAGCUCAGGUGGACUGGCUGGAGGUCAGAUAACACUAAACAUUCAGAAGUUUGAAAGCCUGAACGCAGAGUUGGAACACAACCAAGAGUUAGCCAACAGCCGUAUGGCAGAGUUGGAAAAACUGCAAUUGGAGCUCCAGGAGGCCGUGAGAGAGAGUGAGAAGCUCAAGAUGGACUUGCGCAAUAUUCCAGAAGAGGUUGUGAAGGAAACCUUAGAAUACAAAUGCCUGCAGUCUCAAUUCUCCCUGCUGUACAAUGAAUCUCUUACUGUCAAAACCCAGCUGGAUGAGGCACGGGCUCUACUGCUCACUGCAAAGAAUGCCCAUCUGCGCCAGAUUGAGCACAUGGAGAGUGAUGAGUUGUCACUUCAGAAGAAACUGCGAACCGAAGUCAUCCAGCUUGAAGACACUUUGGCCCAGGUGCGCAAAGAGUAUGAGAUGCUACGCAUUGAGUUUGAGCAGAACCUGGCAGCCAACGAACAAGCAGGACCAAUCAACAGGGAGAUGCGACACUUAAUCAGCAGCCUUCAAAACCACAACUUGCAGUUGAAAGGUGAUGUGCAACGCUUUAAAAGGAAGUUGCGGGAAACACAGAUCGAAAUCAAUAAGUUACGUUGUCAGAGUGGCGAUACAGGAGUUUUGAUUUUAGAAGAGAUGACAAGUGACAGCAUUGACGUGAAGAAAGAAGAUGACGAAGACCAAGAGGAAGAGGAAGAGAGGAGGAAGGAACUGGAAAGACAGCGGGCCCGGGAGCGAGAAAGAGAGAGGGAGGCUGAGCGUGAACGAGAGAGGGAACGUGAAAGGGAGAGACAGCGCAGUGAUGAGCUUAAAAGGAAGGACUCAGAUACGUUGAAGAUGCUUAGAGUAGAACUCAAGAAAGCCCAGGAGUCCCAGAAAGAGAUGAAGCUCUUGCUGGACAUGUACAAAUCUGCUCCAAAGGAGCAAAGAGACAAAGUGCAGCUUAUGGCAGCUGAACGCAAAUCUAAAGCAGAGGUGGAUGACUUAAGGAUGCGAGUGCGAGAGUUGGAGGAGAGGGAGAGGAAGGAAAGCAAGAAGCUGGCUGAUGAAGAUGCCCUGAGGAAGAUUCGUGUGGCAGAAGAGACCAUCGAGCAUCUUCAGAAGAAACUUGCUGCCACUAAACAGGAGGAGGAAGCUUUACUGAGUGAGAUGGAUGUAACAGGUCAAGCCUUUGAAGACAUGCAGGAGCAGAACAGCCGGCUGUUGCAGCAGUUAAGGGAGAAGGACGACGCCAACUUCAAGCUGAUGAGUGAGCGAAUCAAAUCUAACCAGAUUUACAAGCUGCUGAAGGAGGAAAAGGAAGAGCUCGCUGACCAAGUUCUUACAUUCAAAACUCAGGUGGACGCUCAGCUGCUGGUUGUGCAGAAGCUUGAAGAAAAAGAGGGGGUCCUCCAGAACUCACUGGCUUCUUUGGAAAAGGAGCUGGCUGUCAGAACACAAGCACUGGAACUCAACAAGAGGAAGGCGGUGGAAGCUGCACAGCUGGCAGAGGACCUGAAGGUGCAGCUGGAGCACACGCAAGCCAAGCUGAAGGAGAUCCAGGUCUCUGUGGCAGAGAACCGCACUGCCCGAGAGAGGGAGAGCAGCAACCUUAAACGUGCACAGGAGGAUUUGUCCAGGCUGAGACGGAAGCUGGAGAAGCAGAAGAAGGUGGAGGUGUAUACUGACGCAGAUGAGAUCCUACAGGAGGAGAUUAAUCAGUACAAGGCCAAACUACGUUGUCCCUGCUGCAACACACGAGACAAGGAGACUGUUCUCACCAAGUGUUUCCAUGUUUUCUGCUACGAAUGUCUGAAGAUGCGUUACGACACCCGACAGAGAAAGUGCCCCAAGUGCAACUGUGCCUUUGGCGCCAACGACUUUCACCGCAUAUACAUCACUUAAAUCAUAUAGAAACAGGAUCAAAGACAGAACAUGGUAAAAACAGAACCAAAACAGGGGACAAAUGGAGGACAAGCAAGAGAACUGAACUGUUUUUUUCAAAGAGACAGACAUUUCAGGGGUAUCACUUGGACUAAUCUCUUUGAAAGACUUUUUUUUUUUUUUAACUAUUAUUGCCAUUCAGUGACCAAACAUAGUGAUAUAUCAUAUUGAGAGUGUUGUGCUGUAGUUAAUAAACACAGAUGUUUGUGCACACAUAGUCAUUCUUACAUGUUCAGCUGCUCUUGAGUUGUUUUUGUCUAAACUGUUUAUGUCCAUGUUAAGAUCUUCUCUUUUAACUAAGUGGGCCAGCUUUUAAAGCUUUUUAAUGUAUUGAAAAAAACUCUGAACUGCAGUUAUGUGUGCUUGAUCAACGUGAAGUGUUUCUUUGAACCAUUUUUGUCCUGCUGGUUUUGGAAAUCCCUUAAGAUCUUUGAAGCAGAAUUUUAAACUUUUAAAUUAAAAGAACCCAACUCUUACAGACUGGAGAGUUGCAUGCUUAAAGCUAAAUAUGUUUCCAAUAUAUGAAGUCCAACAGCCGGAUCCGUUUUACGUCUUUGCUUAGACUAUAGUAUUAACAAUGCCUGUGAGACAUGGGCUAGUUUGGCACGGAGUCAGCACAUACAGGAGUGUUUGAAUCACCUUGGGCAAGCUCCUUUUGUGUGUGUGUUCA